CAGCUGACGUUCCUCGUGUGGGUUCAGCAAAAGCAGAGAUCGAUCGAUACUUCGCAUAUACCCACGCCAUCUGUCUGCUCCACUCUUAUGCUUCCACACCGCUCAUCCUGCCCCCGCCGCCGCCUAAUUUGAAGGCUUCUGCCGCCAUCUGGCACGACGACUCUGUCGCUGCUUUUCUGUGCUAACUCACGAGAUCCACGAGGACUGCGGUUUGUCUCAUCUCCCUCCCCGCAGCUCAUCGGAGGCGUCAGAUUCGCAUCCAUCCGCCGCCGCUUGUCGGAGAGCCGGUUUCACCGACGGGCAUCUCAAAUUAUUCUGUGUUGACUGUUGAGCUGGAGACACAACAGGAACAUACAGAUAUAUUGAUUUAGGCUGGGGGCACUGGUUGAUGGUAAGAGCAGGGGUGCUAGAUAACAUGCAAUUGUUUCCUAUUUCAUCGAGCACAGAUAGUACACCUACAGAGGACAGCAACCCUGAAAAAAGUACUGCUCUGCUAUACCUAAAUAUAUAUGACCUCACUUCCAUAAACAACUAUCUUUACUGGUUUGGCGUGGGAAUCUUCCAUUCGGGUAUUGAAGCGCAUGGCGAGGAGUAUGGGUUUGGAGCUCAUGACUACCCAAGCAGUGGUGUAUUUGAGGUUGAACCAAGAAGUUGCCCGGGUUUUAUCUUCAGGCGCUCAAUUAUUUUGGGCACCAUUGACAUGUCUCCUUCAGAAUUUCGGUCAUUCAUGGAACGUCUAUCCAAUGAAUAUCAUGGAGACACAUACCAUUUGAUAUCUAGGAAUUGCAAUCAUUUCACAGAUGAUGUUUGUCGCCGUUUAACUGGAAAGUCCAUUCCUGGGUGGGUGAAUCGAUUGGCUAAAAUAGGUUCUUUCUGUGGCUGUUUGCUGCCUGAAAGUCUGCAAUCUACAUCAGUCCGACAUCUUCCAGCAGAAAAUCAUAUGUAUUCAGAUGGAAGCCAUUCCGGUGAGUCAUCAGCGUCGGGAGAUGGCGAGGUGGAGGAUCCCGAUCACCAUCUACUUCUUACUCGAAACAGCGACGUUUCAUAUCUGAACGAGAAACCGGUCAAGCUAGCCAGGGAACCUCUUUGAGUUGCAAACAAUCCAUUAUUUGUGUUUGAUCGGAGUAAAAUGUCCCGGAGAAGAUGGUUUGAUCAAACAGGAAGUAAGGCAGGUUUGAUGAAGAUCAAAGCAAGCAUGCAGUAAUCAUCAAUGGUGUAUACUUUUAGUUAAAUUCUUUUUGUCUAGAAACUGGCCUAUUGUUUUGAUUGACUCCCAAUUGUGUGACUGGCUAUUAUUAUUAUUAUUAUUAUUAUUAUUAUCAUCAUCUCCAGUUUUGUACGGAUGGCGGCAUCUGCCUUGUUUUAUGCUCCUAAAUGAUACGUUGUUAUCCAGAAAUAUCGAUCUAACAGAGUUUUGUCUGUUUGUCUUCA